CACAGAGAGCUCAACUAUUUACAACUUGAUAUUCUUUCACUUCUGUGGAAAUAAAGACCUUCAACAAACCACUGUUCGUCAAAACAUCAAACUGGACUCUUGUCGCGAUGUCUGUGCAGAACAGCAAGGCUGCAGCCUCGGUGAGAAAGGCCUCGAUUGUUCCGAAGGUACCUGGAGGGAAGCCAACCAAAGCUUUAUAUAAGAAAAGGGAUGAGGAUGAACGCCUGGAUAAGGGUGUUGGCUGGGAUGAGACUCAUGGGAAAGGACUUAUUAAACCUGCAGAUCAACUGGAGCUCACUGAGGCUGAGUUAAAAGAGGAAAUCACAAGGAUCCUGACUGCCAACAACCCACAUGCACCCCAAAAUAUUGUACGCUACAGCUUCAAGGAACGCUCCUACAGGCAGGUUGUUGUGGAUCAAAUGGCCGUUCACUUUGUGUUGGAGGGCAGCCUUGUACAUCAAGACUCUGAUGAGGCCAGACGAAUGAGGGCCAGAGGGGGUCUCCCAGGAGUUUCAGAGGCUGUUACAGUGGAAACAGGAGCAGAACCUGAUGAGGAGGAAACAGAAACUCCGGCCACGCCUGUAGAAGAUGGAGGGGAAGCAGAGGAAGUUGGAGAAGAUGACAGACCAGACAGCGUUGCCUCCAAAACAGACAUGAAGCAGCCGAAACUUACCAAUCAGAUCAACUUCAGUGAGCGGGGCACCCAGACCCUCAAUAACCCACUAAGGGAAAGAAGCAGCCAGACUGAACCUCCGCCACGCAGAAACUUCUCUGCCACUGCUAAUCAGUGGGAGAUCUAUGACGCACACAUGGAGGAGCUGCAAAAACAGGAAAAAAAUAAAGAGAAGCAGAAAGCCACACUCCCGAAGACAGAGAGUGACAGAAGCAAGAAGAGGCUGCUGUUGAUGGAGACUCAGAGCGACGACCUCACCAAAGUGGGAAAAGCAUCCAAUAUCUUUGAAAGAAUGAUCCAUCAAAAUACAUUUGAUGACAUAGCACAAGAUUUCAAAUACUUUGAGGACGCCUCUGAUGAGUUCAGGGACCAGGAGGGCACCCUUCUCCCUUUGUGGAAGUUCCAAUAUGAAAAAGCUAAAACACUGUCCGUCACCGCCCUCUGCUGGAAUAACAACAUUCAGGACCUGUUUGCUGUGGGUAUGGGAUCGUACAACUUCAGCAAGCAGGGUUGUGGCAUGGUUGUCUUCUACUCGUUAAAGAACUCAUCGUUUCCAGAGUACAUCUACCCCACCAAGUCAGGCGUCCUGUGCCUCGAUAUCCACCAGCAGCAUUCCAACCUGGUGGCGGUGGGCUUCUAUGACGGCUGUGUGGCCGUCUACGAUUUGAAGAAGGAGGGACUCGAGCCUGUGCACAAGAGCACAGCUAAGACUGGCAAGCACACAGAACCUGUCUGGCAGGUACGCUGGCAGAACGAUGACAUGGACAACAACCACAAUUUCUAUUCUGUGUCUUCUGAUGGCCGAGUUGUGUCUUGGACACUUGUAAAGAAUGAGCUGAUCUACACAGACAUUAUCAGACUGUCACUGAAUGGUGCUGUAUCUGAAGGACCAGAAGAUACACAGCUGCCCAUCUUCGCUUGUGGUACAGCGUUUGACUUCCACAAACAGAUCGACUCUCUCUUCCUAGUUGGCACAGAGGAAGGGAAAAUACACAAGUGCUCAAAGACUUACUCCAGCCAGUUCCUGGAUACCUACGAUGCCCACAGCAUGGCAGUGGACGCUGUGAGAUGGAACCACUUCCACCCGAAGGUUUUCAUCUCAUGCAGUUCAGACUGGACCGUCAAGAUCUGGGACCAUACCAUCAACACUCCGAUGUUCACCUUUGACCUGAAUGCAGCUGUUGGAGAUGUUUCCUGGUCUCCAUAUUCCUCCACUGUAUUUGCUGCUGUCACAACAGAUGGCAAAGUUCAUGUUUUCGACCUCAGCGUCAACAAAUACGAGGCCAUCUGUCGGCAGUCGGUUGUGGCCAGAAAGACCAAGUUGACGCACCUGGAAUUUAACCCCGUCUAUCACAUCAUCACAGUGGGCGACGACCGAGGCUACGUCACCAGCUUCAAACUCUCGCCGAACCUCCGCAAGACACCCAAGGCUAAGAAGGGCCAGGAGGUGCCUAAAGGCCCAGAGGUGGAAGUAGCCAAACUGGAGAAGCUGCUCAGUCUGCUGCGGGAACAAGAGGAGAGCCCAGUUUGAUGCCUCUCUCCCCAGCACACAAACCUGAUACCAUCUCAGGGGAGAGCGUGGCCUAGGGGAUAGGUGCUCUGCAACAAGAAGGUUGCCGGUUCGAAUCCCACUCUAUCCCAUCUGCAUGCCGAAGUGUCCUUGGCAAGAUACUGAACCCCUAGAUGGCCCCUCAUAAAAAUGAUGAGUGUUCUAAAAAUGUAAGUCGCUUUGGAUAAAAGCGUCAGCUAAAUGACAUGUAAUGUAAUGUAAUCUCUCCCUCCCAAUCACACUCUUCCCAUUUGUGUUUCUCAGUGUGUGCAACAGUGAUAAUCGCUGACCUGUCAAGAAAAAACAAUUUGUAUAUGUUUAUUAAAAAAUCUUCUGAUUUUCCUUAA